AUGGGGGCUGCAAGCAGUGACACCAAGGGCAGAUCGUCUUUGACCAAUAUUUUGGUUCCUCCAUGGAAAGGGCAAUUGGCUGGAGAUCACUUGGUUGUCUCUGGACUGAGUCGGUUGUGGGACACAGGAAGGACAUUAAGGGAGAAGUUCAGGACGCCCCAGCCUUCUAAUCCGCAAGGGGAGAAGUCAAAGGAGUGGCCUUCACCUCAUUAUAUCUCCCUAUUCCUGCCGGAGUUCCCACUUUGGCCGGUUGCAGAGCAACAAGAGUUAAAGAUUCUAGGCUGUGUAGCGAAAGGUUCCCUUGGUCCAGUGCUGAAGGUUUUGGACCGCACGCAACAGAAGGUCUUUGCAUUGAAGGUUUUACCCAAAGUUGAGGUCCUGCGCCGCAACACAUUGAAACAAUGCAAAGAGGAGGUCAGCAUUCAGCGCCUGGUCAAGCAUCCCUUUAUUCAGUGCUUAGGGGAAAGCUGGCAAGGACAACAGCAUCUCUUUAUCAUGUGCUCAUACUGCAGCUUUGGGGACCUCUAUUCAUUAUGGACUUCUUCUAAGCGUAUUGAUGAAGACACUGUGCGAAUAUUUGCUGCAGAGCUCGUAACAGUAUUAGCAUAUCUUCAUGACCUGGGGAUUGUCCACCGUGAUGUAAAAAUGGAAAAUGUACUGCUGGAUGAAAGAGGGCAUUUAAAAUUAUCAGACUUCGGCCUUGCCAGGCACCUACCCUAUGGGGAGCGAGCACAUACCAUUUGUGGUACCCUUCAAUAUAUGGCACCUGAAGUCCUUUCUGGAGGUCCAUACAGCCACUCAGCUGACUGGUGGUCCUUAGGAGUACUGUUGUUUGCCUUGUCGACUGGAGAGUUUCCUGCUGCCCCUGAGAAGGAUCACAUGAGUAUGCUGGAGAGUGUUAAUCAAGCAACGUUUGAAGUCCCUCAGUGCCUGAGCCAAGCACUAUCCCACCUCUUAAAAGAGCUUCUGUGCCGCAUCCCAAGGCAGCGACUGCGUUACCUCCACCAGUUCAAGAGCCAUCGCUUUUUCAGAGGAAUUUCUUUUGACCCCGCACUAUUACAGAAGUUUCCGGUUGACCUUGUCCUGACCAUAAGGAAAACAGGAUCAACAGAUUCGUCAACAAUAGACAUGUUUGAGGAUUUUGACUGUAAUCUAACAGAAAAUUUGCCGUUUCCAUGCCCAGCCUAAAUGUGCAAAUUUCAUUAAAGUGUGUUUAUUUGCUGGGCUUCUUCUAAACUAUCCUGCCACUGCCUUUCAAACAUUCCCUUCCCCAAACUGUUUCCCCAACCAAGUUGGAAGCAUAGCAUUGU